UUUGUGUCAGCCGUAUUUUGAGGUUAGGUUCAUCGUUUUUGGUUAACGUGAACUACCGAGAAAUUGAUUAAAAACAAAACUAAAACUAAUUCCAUUGAAUUUUGGAAUUGAGAUUGUGAAUUUUAUUUGGGGGAAGCCAACAUUUCUUGAAGCUGUCAUAAUGGUAUUCACAACAGUGGCCAAUUUAAUUCGAAGCAAAGGUCCCGAUGAGUUUUGGCGAAAGAGGAAAAUUUUCAAAUUGACUGCGCAUUUUUUCGGUCGUCGUCGUAACUGUUAUUCAAUCGCCAUCCGGGAUGUUCACCGUGCCCUGGUGUAUGCAACAAAGGCGCGUAAGCUCAAGAAAGAAGAUAUGCAUGAGUUGCGUGAUGCACGUAUAACGGCUGCAUGCAAUCAAUUUGGAAUCGAAUUGCCUGCGUUCCGUGAAGGGCUUGCAAGAAGCAACAUUAUGCUGAAUCGGAAAUCAUUGGCUGAUUUGGCGGCAUGGGAGCCAAAAACGUUUGAAUCAUUGGCAUUGAUUGCACGUGAAAGAGCCGCUCAAGACGGAUUAAGAGGAUUACAUGAGAAAAAUACCGAUAAUCGUGUCGUUUAUUCCAACGAUGAACAGAAGGCAGAAAAGGAGAAAUACGAAAAUGUUACGCCAGCCAACUACACGGCUUGGUUCAGAGAACGGCCGUAUUAAUUAGAAUAUGUUGUUGCUUUAGACCAUGAAUUAAUUUUUUUAGAGAAAUAAAACUGCUCCCAUGAACCGAAAA